GACGCACGCACAAAAAACACGCGCGCAUGCUCACACACUCGCACAAAGGUCUUACCGCAAAUGCGAGACGCUGCGUAAAUUCUACGGAAAGAAAGUGUCGCUAUCACCAACAAGCAGAAUAUAAGAAGACGCUUCUAUAAAAAAGGCUUGCCAUGGCUGACUGCUAACAACGAGUGGUGACACCCCAACCUUCCAAGAUGUGUUUUGAAUCACAGAGCUUCGCCUCAUUUAAACCACUUCCUUGGGAAAGUACACACAAACUCUCCAGGAAGAAUAAAGGAGAUAUCUAAAAAAUAAGUUUUGAAAAGCUGAUAAAACCAUUGUGAGACAUGAUGAACCGUUACACCACCCUGAAGCAGUUGGGUGACGGAACUUACGGCAGCGUGCUGAUGGGAAGAAGCAACGAAUCUGGAGAACUUGUUGCUAUUAAAAGAAUGAAGAGGAAGUUUUAUUCAUGGGAGGAAUGUAUAAACCUAAGAGAGGUCAAGUCACUCAAGAAGCUGAACCAUGCAAAUGUUGUCAAGUUGAAGGAAGUUAUCAGAGAGAAUGAUCAUCUGUACUUUGUAUUUGAAUACAUGAAGGAGAAUCUCUACCAGCUUAUGAAGGACAGAAGGAAAUUAUUCCCCGAAUCAGUGAUACGAAACAUAAGCUUUCAGAUAUUACAAGGUCUAUCAUUUAUUCACAAACAUGGUUUCUUCCACCGAGACAUGAAGCCAGAGAAUCUCUUGUGCAUGGGCCCAGAACUGGUCAAAAUAGCAGAUUUUGGUCUGGCUCGGGAGAUCCGAUCAAAACCUCCCUAUACUGACUACGUGUCCACAAGAUGGUACCGAGCACCAGAGGUUCUGCUCAGGUCGUCUACUUACAGUUCUCCUAUCGACUUGUGGGCUGUUGGAUGCAUCAUGGCAGAACUCUACACACUCAGGCCUCUUUUCCCCGGGAACAGUGAGGUGGAUGAGAUUUUCAAGAUCUGCCAAGUCCUAGGUACUGUCAAGAAGCUGGAGUGGCCAGAGGGCUACCACCUGGCUUCAGCUAUGAACUUCCGCUUCCCUCAAUGUGUGCCGACCCCCUUGAAGACGCUUAUUCCCAAUGCCAGCAGAGAGGCCAUUAAUCUGAUGAAGGACCUGCUUCAAUGGGAUCCCAAAAAACGACCCACCGCUGUACAGGCCCUGCGUUACCCGUACUUCCAGGUCGGACAGGUCUUGGGUCCCCGUCCUCACAGCCAAGAAACCAAGACGGUCCAAGCUCGACAAACUAUCCAGAAGCAGGUCUCUGAUUCUCGGGUGGAGCCCAAACAGUCCUCCUCGGAGGUCAAGGCGUCUGAAUCGUCACCCCGACGCACCCAACAGCCUCUGCAGCAAAUCACCCUGCCUCAAGCUUCAAAUAAACCCGGUGGCAUCAACCAUGUCGAAGCAGCAUCGCUGGGCAAUGAAAACAAAAUUGAUCCAGGUGGACAGGGCGUGGUGAAGAACGGAAGACGCCGCUGGGGCCAGACGGUCGUGAGGACAUCAGACAGCUUGGAUGAUCUCGAUCAAUCAGACAUGGCUGCUUCUCACUCAAAAAAACCCAGUUUGGGAAAUUCAGAGGAGGAGAGGAACUCAAACAAACUUCGGCCACAACCCAGAGAAGACAAACCUCUGUAUUCCUUCAGCGCUAUUACAAAACUACCUAACAAUAUUAAAGUCGGUCCAGUGGAGCCUAAUGUGCCAGGAUCUGCGGCGCGCCAGCAUUACCUCAGCCAGUCCAGAUACCUGCCCGGUUUGAUCGGCAAGACGCAGGCCAUGUCAGGAGAAAAGGCGCUGAGCGGUAUGACGUUACGGGACUUGUGGGAGAACUCAAACACUGUAAACAAGACAAUUGUUCCCAUUGGAGCAAGAUUACCCGUCAACAGAGCCAAUCCCGGUAAUUUUGUGAGCACCAAGUAUAACUUAUCCGCCGGCUACAUCCCUUCAUUACAAAAGAAAGAGGUUGGCUCUGUGGGACAGAGGAUCCAGCUGGCUCCUUUAGCCGGCCAUCACACGGAUUACAAUGGUUGGAAGAGGAGGACAGAAAGAAGUCAGCCAAAAGGCAGCAGCUACUCAGUUCUGGGGAAAACUGGGAAUCUCAUGUCCAGAGUUCCCGCUGUCCAGCCGGUCCACGGUAGAGUCGACUGGACUUCAAAAUAUGGUGGAAAUCGGUAGCAGGGUGAAAGAGGAGCAAGUAUUGUUUCUACUCCAAUUUUAUUCACCUUUGUAACUCGCUGGUACAAGUUUGUACUGUAAUGUCAGAUGGCAUCAAUUUAUGUCAUGUUUGUUAAUUGUUCUGUAGAUGUUUUAUACAAACAAAUAAAUUAAAAAAAAAAGAAAAGCACUAACAUUUAAAUGGAAUUAGAUGCUUUAUUUCAAUUUUUUUUUGGUACAAAA